AUUUAAAAAGUCAUUCAUAUAAGUCAUAAAUCAACACGAGUUGUAAAAUUAGUUGAGUAUGUUUAAAGUGUCACAGGAAAUGCGUUUGAAUACAAAUGCAGCUGCAGUGCUUGGCCAGAGUGUUGUGGCAGGUGGGCGUGGCAUAGACGAUGGCAACAGUCCAGAGCGAGAAUGUAUUUUUGGCCGAUAUCAACGCACGCCCGAUGCGGAUGCAUACCCAACAGAGCCGCCACAAGUUUAUGUGGCACCUGAGCUAACCGAUGCUGCCAAGGUGCAGCUGCUUCAUUUGCCUAGCGGUGCGGUCAAAGUCAAUUCCACAGUGAGCUUUAUUAUCAAACGUAAUGGCGUCAAGGGCAAUUUUGACGCACGCCUUGAGCUUCCCAGUGGCCAGCAUGAGCCUGCGUUAAAAUUGCAGCUAUUGGAUCCAGAACGCUUCGAAGCUCAUUGCCAGUUAACACAGGCUGGACUCUACAAAUUGCACAUCAAAUGUAAUUCCGUGCCCUUACCCAAGUCACCAUACAUAAUAGUAAGCAUUGCUGGUCUUUCCGCCUCCGAAGUUCCGCCUAUAAGUAAGUACUGCUACUCAACUGAAUUUGGCUCCAUAACUAAUUCUAAUCCCACAGUGCUGCCUGUCUUUCAAUCUGAUGCUAGCAAGGUAAUCAGCCGCGGCUUAGGACUGACGCACAUCAAUAUUUUGGAGCGUAAUGAGUUCACCGUAGAUGCCAGUGCCGCUGGUAAUAAUAUGCUCUUUGUAGCUAUUCUAGGACCCAAAGGUGCUUGUGAGGAGUUGCUGGUGAAGCAUCAAGGCAAUAACCUAUAUCGCGUAGUAUAUCAAGCGCGUGAUCCAGGAGAUUAUUUACUGAUGGUCAAAUGGGGUGACACACAUAUACCUGGAUCACCCUUUGGUCUCAGCGCCGAAUAGCGUGUUAUUCUUAUUAAUUUAGAUAAUAAAAUUAUUAAUACAUACAAUUCACGCAUAUUCUUGCGAAUCUGAACA